AAAAGGAAGUCAAUUUACGUAAUUUCCGGUGACAGUAACCCUAAUGGUGCACUCCAGUGUUUUCAGCUUCAGAACGACAUGAGAUUUAACAAUCUUCAAAGUAGCUAGUUAUCAUGAACAGCUAUAGGACGGUUACAUUGGCUUGUAAUAAUGAUGUUAUAAGGGCAUGUAAAGCGGCAAUUCGCUCAGGGAAAACAGGCAGUAUUUGUCACAUAUCAAGGGGAGUAGCAUCCUUGCUCACGCGAGCAUAUGCUUCUGUCCCGAGACGAGAGGAACCACCACCAGUGUCUGACUCUGACAAGAGACCGAAUCUGAGAGCCAUCGACCUUGCACGCAAAAUUCGCCAGGAGAAACUGAAAGGAAAUGCAACUGGUGGUGGGUCAGACGCGGCUGUCCUUAAUCCGUCGGUGCCAGUGUCCCAACUGCAAAAGAGGGUCAUCGAGCUGCGACAGUUCACUCAGCAGCUACAGAAUGUUCACCCCAACGUUCUUGCAAAGCACCUUCACAGAGGUCUGAUCCUCCCACAUCCAGAGCUCGCCGUCGUUAAUAAACCCUAUGGAGUUUCUGUUCAAGAUGGGUCAAGCAACAAAAACAACAUCUCAGACGUGCUUCCAAUCCUUGCCAAGAUGGUGGAUGGAAUAAGGGCUGGGUCUCGGCUGCAUGUCUGCCUUGGAUUAGACAAGGAGACGACAGGGACCCUCCUGCUGGCAAGGACUGAGGAAGCACUGGACUAUGUACAAAAUCUUCACAAAAACCACCAAGUGGAGAGGAAAUAUUGGGUUGUUGCUGUGGGCGUGCCUGUUCCCUCUGAGGGAGUGAUUGACAUUCCCGUCAUAGAGAGAGAGGUCACAGGGGCUCAGCCUCACUUCAAGAUGGGCCUGAGUCCUGUGUACAGGGUGAGUGACGGGGGCGAGGGAGUGACCAAAGUGCGGGCCAAUCGGCAGGCCCAGGGUGCCGUGACUCAGUACCGUGUCCUGGACAGCAGCAACGGCUGCAGCCUGGUUGAGCUCCAGCCUAUCACAGGGGUGAAGCACCAGUUGAGGGUCCAUAUGGCAUACGCUCUGGGAUCUCCUAUCCUCGGAGACCACAAAUACUCCCACUGGACAAAACUGGCACCUCAGAAACUGCCAGAUGGUGUGUUGCGGAGGCUGGGACUUGAACAGAGCAAGGCGCGUUAUCUGCCUCUCCACCUGCAUGCCCGUCAGGUGACACUGCCAGAGUUCAAAGGUCAGAGUGACAUUACGGUGUCUUGCCCCCUGCCAAAGUAUUUCACCAGCACUUUGCGACGACUGCAGAUCCCGAUUCCAGAUGAAUGAUGCUUCAGCGCAGUGCAGACAGGAUACAGAAGACUUGCUUCUUGCUUAUGAAAUAUGGAGCAGCAUCACUUCAAGGGACCCUUGGCCUAAUGGUUUAAGUUUGUACCUGGACUGGGAAUUAACUGUGUGGCAAAUAAAAUAAACAAAACCA